AUGGCUGAUCCCCUCUCCAUCGCAUCGGGGAUUGCUAGUUUGCUCUCACUUAAACUCGACUUGAAUGUCUCAGCCGCCGGUUUCAAGGGUCGUAUUCAUCUUGCUAGGCGUCGCGCCGCCUAUCCAUUUCGAAAAAAUACAUUAAAGAAGCUCGAAGAAGACGUCGGCGAGAUACGUCAACAUUUGUCGUUCGCACUAGAUGUCCUACAGCUCAAAAGCCACAACCAGAUCGAAGAUAACAUAUCGGAAGUCAAAUCGCUUGUGGAACGAACAAACGCAAGUCAGAUCUCUUUCACGAUUCGUGCCUGGCUUAUGGCAACUAAUGUAUCUCUUAACCAUAACGCUAUAUGUGCGAAACGUCAUCAAAGUACCGGCCUAUGGUUCGUUAAUGGCCAUCAAUUUACGAAUUACCUAGUAGAACGACGUGCGGCAGGUUCUGACCGUGCUUUGCCUCUCUACUCGACCGCUCAAGGUCAACGAGUGAUCGACGCCUACGCUGUUGAUCUUAGUGUGACACCACAUCUUGAUCGUGAUGGUCGUUCGUACGAGCAAGAUGAUCUUGUGGACAUUUGUCUUAGACUUAUCGAGAUCGGGGCCAUAGAAGACGACAAUUGGCAAAACACCCUAACUACUCGCAUAGACUUCCGCAUAACCCAAUUUGGGUCGAAGGUUACGACCCAGAACCCAACCCAGCCUGGGUCCGGGUUGAUCUUCACUAACCCGGACCCAACCCGGACCCAAUACUGGGGCCCCAACAAUCUAAGCUAUCUUACACCAUCAAACCAACUAGCAACUCUAUCUACUAGCCAACAUACGAUCGAAACCUUCGACCCUAACUUCCUCCGACCGAAUAUCCCACUAAUAGCCCCCUCCUGCUUAAUACGCGUUAGACCCGACCGAAGGAAAGCGUUCGUUCUCUACGAUAAAAUGUCCUAUAACGACUAG